GUUUUCAAUUGUAAUGGUUGAAUUUACUUAGGCAUAUACUAGCUUUAUUUUGUGCUACACAGCCAACGCACGUUGUCAAUUUCCUACGAUGGACAGUUGAGCCUCCUCUGACCCACAUGCCGGAAUGUCACGGAACUCAAAUUUGUUCUCGUUGGAUAGCAUUCUGAGACAGAAUACAGUACACCCAGCAACUAUUGAUGCACCUGCGCACGCCAAAACUAUUUUCAAACUCGUCGCCGUUGUUACCGACGGUCGCCGAGUUAAGAGCCUGUUCGCCAACGCUGAGUAUGAAGUUAGCAAGUCGUACCGCCAAAUAGAGACUUGCGAGGCGCGGGGUGGUUUGUUGGGCUUUCGCAACCAGGCUGACGCGGUAUUGCGCGAGGAUCGGUCAGCGCUCUCCUUGAAUGACCUCCCGGUUGCCAUCGCCGUUGUAAAGGCUUGGAACCUGGACGUCCGCUCGAUUCCCCGCAAGCAUGGCGCCAAGCUCGCGUAUGACUACUUCCGCAUCGUAGACCUGCGGAGCGUGCCGUCCUCCCAGCAGGCCCUAACGCAGGGUAUUGCCAUCCGCUGCCGCUCUGCUGGCUCGGUGCGACCUCCGGUACAGUUGUACCUGCCGACACCGCAGCGGCUGCAGCCAAUAACUGACGCUGGGGAAGCCGAAGCAGACUCAUGGUCGCCACGGCCGAGCUACCGGCAACAGCGUGUGCGCUCAGCACGCUGAACGCCCAGGACCGUUCUAAGACGCGUCCAAUCUUAACCAAGGCUGGGGAUGCUUACCAGAGACCCCCCGAGCAAGGGCCCAAUGGGUUGUUUGAUUUGACAGGGUCACUGAAGGCCAACCUGCUCGUGGCCGCGGAUCGCAUGCUGGGAUGUGAGCGCUAGCAUUAAGAGUCAACAUUACGAUAUGCAUGGAUGGGCUUAUGGAUAACGGGUGGGACAAGGGCUGAUGCUGACAUAGAUAUUGCAUGUGUGCCUUAUAUAUUUCAUAGGACUUUGACCUUAGCUGCUUGUACUAGGCCAACGCAUCAAUUGGUUUCUUGCAUGUCCUUUGCGGUCCUCUUGGCCUAUGUGCCAUUGGAUUGCCAUUUUUUGCUUAAUAUUGGAGAUAGGCGAGGGUGUGGUGGCGACGACAACAGCGAUUAGCGAAGUUUUAUUAGUUGGUCUCGCUCCGAGACCAUGUCCACGCACCUACCGCCUUGUGGGUGAUAUCGACAGCUGCGGAUGACUUGUCGUAACAGUUUGGGUUGCUUACUUGCGAACUGUCUGCUUAACGAUUGAGUACACGGACAUCCCUACAGCAGGAAGUAGCAAUGACGCUUAACAUCCACCGCUCAUUCACACAUGGGCAAAGGCAGCCUUUUCUGGCAGGCGUUCUGCCCCGAGGGAAGCCCAUAUUGCAAACGCAUAUUUUACCAGACUCAGGAGAGAAAGUCAACUCGCGUUUGAUGGGACGGCAGGGCUGUCACCAGCGUUUAAAGCAACACCCAAAUGCGUUUCGCUCAGUCGCGCAAGGGCUCUCAGAUCCUCUACCUUUAACACCCAGGUUAUAUAGCAACCUGAAUCCACGGACGCUUGGGCACGAGCCAGGUUCACUUUGGGGUGCUACGCUUCUGGUAGCUGGAACGACGGUUGGCGCAGGGAUCCUCGCCCUCCCAGCUGUAACACAGGACUCGGGCUUCGCCGCCACCAGCGGAGCGCUAGCUGGCUGCGCCGCCUUCGCUGCGGUGACGGGACUGCUGCUAGCAGAGGUGCACAUCCACGUGGCCACGCGGUACGGCUGCGCCAACGUCACACUUCCCACCCUGGCCGCCAAGACGCUGGGCCCCGGGGGCGCCUCCGCCGCCACCCUGCUCUACGCCUUCCACAGCUUUGCGCUGCUUGUGGCAUACGUAGCUCGUGCGGGCCAGAUGGUGGCGGAUGCGGCGCACCUGCCCAGUCUGGCGGGCGCAGCGGCGUUUGCGCUGACCUUUGGCGGCAUGUGCUUCGUCACCACUCCUCGCCAGUUUGACGCGGUCAACGGGGCGCUGCUGGGACUGGCGGCAGCCGCAUUCGUGGGGCUGCUGUCCGUGUCCGGCCCGCACGUCGACUGGCCGGCGCUGUCCGCCGCCAACUGGUCUGCCGUACCGCCCACGCUGCCGGUGCUGGCCCUGGCCUUCGUGUUCCACAACAUGGUGCCCCUGGUGGUGCACAACCUGGAGUGCGAUGUGCGCAAGGUGCGGACAUCCAUUAUCCUGGGCGUGCUCAUCCCCGCCGGCAUGUACCUGGUAUGGGACGGGGCCAUCCUGGGAUCCCUCAACAACCUGGCGGUCAACGCAGCGCAGCUCUCCGCGGCACCCACUGCGGCCUCCGCAGCCUCCAGCCCGGUUGACAGUGCAUCCACAGCCG